CGUGUGUGUGUGUGUGUGCUUGUGUGUGUGUGUGUGUGGGUGUGUGUGUGUGUGUGUGUGUGUGACUGGCGAUGGAGUCCCACUGGUGAGUGGAGAGGGGGUUGUCGGACGGGACGGAGACAUGUUGGGACAGAGGGUCGGCCACCGCACUGAAGCUAGCUGUAGUAGUAACCAUGGAAACGGCGGGGAAGUCCUUGGCCUGCGUGGUCAUUGUUGUCGCCAUGGUUGCCAGCAAGGUGGUGCCCGAGAGGGGUGCCCGUGAAGAGUUCACGACAUCAGCACAAGAGGAGUUCCUGUCCAGGCUGGACCAGUAUGAGAUCGCCAUCCCGGUCCGAGUGGGACCUGGCGGGGAGACCCUGGAGUCCGAGGAGCCUCACAGGCGCCAACGGCGCAGUACCCCCCCCCAACCCCAACCCCAACACUAACAGCAGCCACGGUGAUGCCAGCGAGAGCGGCGUGGAGGACGACGCCGCCGACGCGCAGCUGUACUACCAGCUGGCCACGCAGCACAGCAGCUUCCUCCUGAACCUGACGCUGCAGACGGGGCUGCUGUCGCGCCAGUUCCGCGUGGAGUACUGGAGCCGAGGCCGGCUGGCCUGGAGUCACCCAUACGCACCCAGCUGCCACUACACCGGCCACCUGCAGCAUCAGGACCACUCCAGCCAGGUCGCCCUCAGCAACUGUGAUGGCCUGAGAGGGGUGAUCGUGGCUGGGGGUGAGGAGUUCCUCAUCGAGCCCCUCGGUUCCCCGGAGAACCUCACAAGCAUCGAGGGCCGCGAGGGGCGUCCCCACGUGGUCUACAAGAGGUCGUCGCUGAGACACCAGUACCUGGACCAGUCAUGUGGCGUCAUCGAUGAGAAGCCAGGGAAGACGUUGGCGUGGUGGCAGCGCACGCUGAAGAGCUCGCCCAAUCAGAUGGCUCGGGGUCAGCUUCCGCUCAAGCGCUCGGUGAGCCGCGAGCGCUACGUGGAGACGCUGGUCGUGGCCGACAAAAUGAUGGUCGGUUACCAUGGCCGCAGGGACAUCGAGCAGUACAUCUUGGCUGUGAUGAAUGUUGUUGCCAAACUCUUCCAUGAUUCUAGCCUGGGGAACGCUGUGAAUAUUGUAGUUACUCGGCUCAUCCUGCUGAUGGAGGACCAGCCCACCUUAGAGGUCAACCACCACGCGGGGAAGUCCUUGGACAGCUUCUGUAAGUGGCAGAAGUCCAUACUGCACCGCAACGGCAACGGCAACGCCAUCCCUGAUAACGGCAUCGCACACCACGACACCGCCGUGCUAAUCACGAGGUAUGACAUCUGCAUCUACAAGAACAAGCCAUGUGGGACAUUAGGUCUGGCUCCAGUAGGCGGGAUGUGUGAGCCGGAGCGGAGCUGCAGUAUUAAUGAGGACAUUGGCCUGGCCACCGCCUUCACCAUCGCACACGAGAUAGGACACACGUUUGGGAUGAAUCACGACGGCGUGGGGAACGCGUGCGGCUCCCGCAGUCAGGAGACGGCCAAGCUGAUGGCCGCCCACAUCACCAUGAAGACCAACCCCUUCGUGUGGUCUGCCUGCAGCCGCGAUUACAUCACCAACUUCCUGGACUCAGGCAUGGGCUCGUGCCUAAACAACAUCCCCCCCAAGCAGGAGUUUGUGUACCCGUCCACCGCACCUGGGCAGGUGUACGACGCGGACGAGCAGUGUCGCUUCCAGUACGGAGUCAAGUCUCGCCAGUGCAAAUACGGGGAGGUGUGCAGUGAGCUGUGGUGUAUGAGUAAGAGCAACCGCUGCAUCACAAGCAGCAUCCCGGCAGCAGAGGGGACCAUUUGCCAGACCAACACCAUCGAGAAAGGGUGGUGCUAUAAGCGCUUGUGUGUGGCCUAUGGCACGCGUCCAGAGGGAGUGGAUGGUGGGUGGGGCCUGUGGUCGCCGUGGGAGGAGUGCAGUCGGACCUGUGGAGGCGGAGUCUCCUCAUCUGUCCGUCACUGUGACAGCCCCAGGCCCACUGUCGGAGGAAGGUACUGUCUGGGGGAGAGAAAGCGCUUCAGGUCCUGCAACAUCGAUGAGUGCCCAGCCGGAGCUCAAGACUUCCGUGAGAUCCAGUGCUCUGACUUUGACAACGUGCCUUUCAGAGGGAAAUUCUACACAUGGAAACCCUACAGAGGGGGUGGAGUGAAGUCCUGCUCUCUGAACUGCCUGGCGGAAGGUUAUAACUUCUAUACGGAGAGGGCUCCGGCGGUAGUGGACGGAACUCCCUGCAGGGACGACUCACUGGACGUCUGCGUCAAUGGAGACUGCAAGCAUGUGGGCUGCGACCGCAUCCUGGGCUCGGACGUACGGGAGGACCGCUGCCGCGUGUGUGGGGGGGACAGCAGCACCUGCGCCGCCAUCGAGGGAGUCUUCAACGACACGCUGCCUGAAGGAGGUUAUGAAGAAGUUGUCCGGAUUCCCAAAGGCUCAGUCUUCAUCCACAUCCAGGAGCUCAACGUCUCUCUCAACUACUUGGCAAAGGGGACCAGUACUUCAUCAACGGAAAGCUGACCAUCGAUACCCCCCCGCCGCUUUGACAUCGCCGGGACGACCUUCCACUACCGGCGACCUGCCGACGAGCCCGAGUCUCUGGAGGCCCUAGGGCCCACAAACAUCACCCUGAUAGUCAUGGUGCUGGUGAGAGAGGAGAACCCUGGGAUAGUGUACCGCUUCAACCCCCCUGUGAGCCGAGACCUCCUCAGUGGAUACGCUUGGCAUUACACGUCCUGGAGCCGAUGCUCUGAGCUCUGUGCUGGAGGGGCUCAGAUGCAGCAGGUGGUGUGUAAGAAGCAAGCUGACCACUCGGUGGUCUACAGCCACUUCUGCGACAAGAAGAACAAGCCCAGGGACAAGAAGAGGACGUGCAACACUGAGCCCUGCUCCCCAACCUGGUGGGCGGGCGAGUGGUCAGAGUGCAGCCGCAGCUGUAACGGAGGGGUGCGCACGCGGGAGAUCCUGUGCAAGAGGAAGGUGUCCGGCACCGAGGAGCGUGUCCAGGGCGACUCCGUCUGCCCCACGCCCCGACCCCCCCUCACAGAGCCCUGCAACAACCACAGCUGCCCCCCCGAGUGGCUUGCCCUCAACUGGUCCGAGUGUUCUCCCAGCUGUGGUCCAGGGUUCCGGCACCGGGUGGUUCUGUGUAAGAGUGGGGACAGUGGAGACACGCUGCCGGAGUCCGACUGCCCCAAACCGGGCCGCCCGUCCAGCAGGGUGCGCUGCAACCUGCAGCGCUGCCCGCCUCCGCUGUGGGUGCCGGGCCCGUGGGGGGAGUGUUCUGCUAAGUGUGGUUUGGGGCAGCAGAUGCGGUUGGUGAGGUGUCUGACCAACACCGGGCUGCCGUCGUCUGAUUGUCCCGACCUCCAGAGACCGUCCAGCAUGCAGCAGUGUAGGAGCAAGUGUGACCUCGUCCUCUUCAGCCCCACCGACAACCCUGAGGAGUGCAAAGAUGUGAACACAGUGGCAUACUGCCCCCUGGUGCUCAGGUUCAAGUUCUGCAGCCGGCCAUAUUUCAGGCAAAUGUGCUGUAAGACCUGCCAAGGACACUGACCUCCGGUUCCUCCUGGAUCCUCCGGUUCCGCUGGUUCCUCCGGUUCCACCUGGUUCCUCCGGUUCCUCCUGGUUCCUCCUGGAUCCUCCGGUUCCGCUGGUUCCUCCGGUUCCUCCUGGUUCCUCCGGUUCCUCCGCUCUCUCUGUCCACCACUCCAUGGUGCCUGACUCCCCAUCCCAGACAGCAGUUGGCUCUAACACAGAACCGGCCCAAGUGUGGCCCGUCUAAACCCAAUCACCAGGACUGGGGUGCGAUUCCUGUAGUAGUCAGGCCACACAGUUCCUAGAAUGCUAGAGACACAAUCUCUCUGUGGUUUAGUGACUGCUGAUUGCUUAGCGACACUACCCCAGGAAACGCACCCCUGUCCCUGAGUUAGCUGCUCUCUGAGGUCACUUCCUGUUCUGUGAAAACCUCUGAGGUGGAGACGCGUGGGCAGAGCGUGACGCUGGCGAACAGACGAGGGACUUGGACGGGGGGGACGGACACGUGAGACUUACGCUGCUGUCGGUUGCCGUGGGGACCUGCGAGACCAGUGAACCACCGAUGCUGCUGCCUCUGCUGCUGAUGAGGAGUCGGAUCAGCUUCCUAAACAUCCUCCCUCCAUCGCCAUAGCAACGUGCCAUCAGAGCUACAAACGUCCCGCUAGAGGGGACUCCGCCAGCUCCUCUCUGGACGCAUCAGUUGUCCGUUUGUUCGUUUGUUUGUUUGUUGUUGUAUUCUCUCUGGACACAACAAAGAUCAGAUUAUCUGACCUCCCUAGACCCUAUCAUGCCCCCUAGACCCCAUCAUAACCCCUAGACCCUAGACCCCUAGACCCCAUCAUAACCCCAAGACCCCAUUGUGACCCCUAGACCCCAUCAUAAGCCCUAGACCCCAUCGUGCCCCCUAGACCCCAUCAUAAGCCCUAGACCCCAUCAUAACCCCUAGACCCCAACGUGACCCCUAGACCCCAUUGUGACCCCUAGACCCCAUCAUGACCCCUAGAUCCCAUCAUAACCCCUAGACCCCAUCGUGCUCCCUAGACCCCAUCAUAACCCCUAGACCCCAUCGUGCUCUCUAGACCCCAACGUGACCCCUAGACCCCAUCGUGACCCCUAGACCCCAUCAUGACCCCUAGAUCCCAUCGUGCCCCCUAGACCCCAUCAUAACCCCUAGACCCCAUCGUGCUCCCUAGACCCCAACGUGACCCCUAGACCCCAUCGUGACCCCUAGACCCCAUCAUAACCCCUAGACCCCAUCGUGCUCCCUAGACCCCAUCAUAACCCCUAGACCCCAUCGUGCCCCCUAGACCCCAUCAUAACCCCUAGACCCCAUCAUAAUCCCUAGACCCCAUCAUAACCCCUAGACUCCAUCGUGCUCCCUAGACCCCAUCAUAACCCCUAGACCCCAUCGUGCCCCCUAGACCCCAUCAUAACCCCUAGACCCCAUCAUAACCCCA